AUGAAUGAAGAACUAAAGAGGUUUUUAUUAUUUGCGCCUUCGCGGUAUAAUUACGAAGUAGAUGCAAAUGUAAGGAAGGAAUUGCGGAAACGACUAAUCUUAUCAGUUAGUAAAAGCGGAGAGUAUUUGGAUUGGCUUUUUCCCGAGGUAUCCAAUUUGGAAAGAACUCUUGAAAAGGAUUUUGAUUGGGAAUUUGCAAACUAUUUGAAAACAUUGAGCAUCAAAAGGGAUGUACAGAACACUCAUGAUCAUUCUGCAUUCCAUCCAAAUCAGCCAUGUUCAAAAAUAUUUAGAAGAGGAGAGCCUAUUUACAGAUGUCUUACAUGUGGUAUUGACGAGACUUGUGCAAUGUGCUCACAUUGUUAUCAGCCAGAGGAGCACAAGGAUCAUGAUACAUACAUAGCCAUAUGUCUUCGAGAAAAUGGUGGAGUUUGUGAUUGUGGAGAUCCCGAAGCCUGGAAAAGACAGGUCAAGUGUCCCUAUGCCUUGACCGACUCUUUUGUAAAGGAUAGAGAGAUACCAAGCGAAUUUAGUGAGGCAAUACACGAUACUCUAAGUGUUGUACUAGACUAUAUUAUUGACGCAAUGUCCAGAAGUGAUACUCACCUUGCGCAAGCUCCGCAUGACGAAAAAAAUGCUGUCAUUCGUCAAACUCAAUUAAGCGCUUUCGAACCUCAUGGAUAUGCCAGCUGCCCAGCGGAGUUUCAAGACCAAACAAAUGGUAAUUUCAGUCUUGUGUUGUACAAUGACCAAAUUCAUCAUUAUAGAGAAGCCAUUCAGCGUGUGCGACUAGCGAGUGGCAAGUUUAAAGAUUUUGCCACAAUGAUUACCGAAAAAGUACAAAAUUAUGGUAGGGCGAAGGUGAUAACUUCUAAAAAUUUGGAUCUCUUGAUAGAAAGACAAAAUAUUUUGAACUCCACUGGUAUGACAUCGUGUAUCAGGAGCGACAGAGACAUAUUUCGAGAGGAUAUUUGUGAUGAGAUGAUCAAUUGGUUGAAUGAUUAUACGGAAAGUGAGUUUUUCAAAGCUAGCAAAGUAGCGAAAGAUAUUUUCUGCCAAACAUUUUGUGAGCCAUGGACUUGCGGUGUAACAAAAGAAAAUGAAAGUAAAAAUGAAAAUGAAAAUGAAAGUAAAAAUGAAAGUGAAAGUAAAAUUGAAAGUAAAAAUGAAAAUGAAAAUGGAAACGAAAUUGAAGAUCAAGAAAAAGAAAAAGAAAAAGAAAGUGUUUUCAGCAUGGAAGAUGGACUAGCUUUAUUACGAAAAGGAAAAUUGAAUAAAAACCUCAGUAUACCAAAUGCACGCUCUCUUCAUCACCAUCACCAUCACCAUCACCAACAGCGUCGAAUGCAAGAGGAUGUGAAUUCUUUUAAUCUGGAUAAAAUCUGUCCCACUUGUGAAGUUCAUAUCAAAGGCAAUACAGAUAAAUAUGGAUCUCGCUUACAGUACAUCAUAUAUUUUGAUGUUCGAUUCUGGAAAUCGGCGCGUAUAAUAUUGCGAGACAUGUUUUCGACCUCGUUGAUCACAAACUUGGAGUUUAAGAAUACUCUCUCAAGUCAAUAUGUCGACAUAUAUACUGGAGUAGCCAACAAUUGUAUGAUUGUUGACCGUGAACCAGAGCAAAAUCUCAUGACAACGUUAUCAACCCAAUUGUUUAUGAGUCAAAGCAAUUCAAAAUCCAUUAUUCAGCGAGGCGAUUUCAUCUCCAUUCUUCAAUCGAUUCACGCAUUCCUAACCUCGAGGUUAUCAUCUCCAAAUUCAAAACUCGAAUUUGAGAGAGAGCUUUCGAUGAAGGACUUGAAGAGCCGAAGAUGGGGACAACUAUUCUUUGACAUUAGCUUUGUUAUCAACAAAGGAAAGGAGCAUAGAGACGUUUUGAGCAAAGAGAGUAUUGCCAUAAUUUGUGAUAUUCUAGAACUUUUUCAAGGAAGACCUCCUUUGAAACGCGAGACCGAAAACCAUAUAGAGUACGAAAAUUCAGACUAUACCACCAUUUUUCAAUCAGUGCAGACCAUCUACAAGUUUGCCGAGUUAAGUGCUGAUUCAAUGAACUCAGCCGAAAAUACAGUAUAUAAAAAACAUGAACGUGCACGUUCUGCAAUAUACGAAGUGCUCAAAUACUUACGAGAUUUGGACUUUGGCAAAAUAUCGGGCGUAAAAUAUGAAAACACCGAUAUCAAUUUGACUUUUGACUUGGUUUUAAAGGAGCCAAUCACUGGUAUGAUGAUGAAGCUGUCAAAAGUCGAGUGCAACAAAGUUAGCUUUCUUCACCCAUUGCAUUCAUUCCUCAGUUGGUUGAUUGAGUAUGCAAAUUUUCCUACUAUGGAUACAUUGCGAGAUAUUUUACAAAAAGUACAGAAUGAAAAUGUGGUAGGCUCAUAUAUAAGUAUUGAGAGCAUAAUUUUCGAUUAUCCAAUAAAGGCGAUUGUUCUUUUAUCACAAAUCAAAGCAGGUUUUUGGGUGCGAAACGGGUUUAGUGUUAAAUCACAACUGCAUUUGUACAGAAAUAGUGGUAUUAGGGAUUAUGGAUAUAUGCGAGAUUUGUAUCUCAUACAGAUUUUAUUGAAUAUUGCCCAUCCUGAAUUUGUUACCUUUUUCUUGCUCGACCGGUGGUCUUUAAAUGGGGAUUGGUUAAUGACUUCAGUGUAUGAGGAGAACAUUCUUCCUUACAUGCUUGAAGAAUGCCUUGGUUUUUUCAUCCAUUUAAGUACUGAAAGUAUUUUUUUGAGAGGAAUUUCUGAAGAUGACUUGAGAAGAACACAGAUAGAACAGGAAAUUAUACACAACUUGUGCUUUGAGCCUCUCGGCUAUAAGAAGUUAUGUUCAUACAUACCUGAAAAUAUUGUUAAUGACAAAAAGUUUGACAUUAUAUUGAAUGAAAUAACAAUUUACAAAAAACCUACCGGCUCCAAUGACGCAGGCGUACUUCAGCUCAAAGAUAAGUACCUUGACGAGGUCAAUCCAUACUAUUCAAACUAUACAUUGAACCGACGCGAGGAGGCAUUGAAAUUUGUCAAAGCUAGAAAGCUUGAGAAAAUAGCGAGUUCAAAAGAGAAAAAAGUACCUAUUGUUAUUGAACCGGUGUCUAUCAAGUGCCAGAUUUUAGACAAUUAUAGCCACGUGGUAAACUUUUCAACAACGUCAUAUUUUCAAAGUUUUCUUUUGAAAAUUUUACUUUACGUGCAAAGAAAUGAUUGCGAAAAAGUUGAAUCAUUGUUUGAAACUGCGUUGCACUUAAUAAUGAUUUGCAGCUUGGAAGACUUGAUUGAUAAGCAGCAUGGCGAUUUCUACACUAGAUUCAUUGAGUGGACUAAAGUGGAAGAAAAGCUAUCUGUUUCAAUUUGUCAACUUUUAUACAGUUUUUUAUCGAAUUCUGCAUAUGGAGCUUUUCAUGAUAAAAUUCGCGCAAUCUUUGAUCUAAUUGGAAGCAAACAUAGUCAGCUCCUUACUUUUAUGGAGGAACUGAUUCCUAAUUUUGAUCUGCAAAAUCUACACAAUGAUUUGGAAAAAUCAUCAUCAGUCAAGGAUGAAGCUGCUAAGAAAAAACGUUUAGCAAAAAAGAAACAAAAUCGGUUGAUGGAAAAAUUCAAAAAGCAGCAAGCACAAUUCUUGGAAAAUAAUGUAAAAGGAGAGAGCCUUGAUGAUAACUUUGAAGACGUUGACAUGGGCCAGGGAAAUGAUGAAAACAACGAGAAAAAGUCAUGGUCGGUUCAAGAACAACACUGUAUACUAUGCCAAGAUACCAACACCGAGAAUGAAGCACUCUAUGGUAUGGUUGCUAAUAUAGCACAGGCUGCUACGUUUCGGAACGUUCCAUUUGAAGAUGAUUAUUGGUUUUUGAAAGCCUUUUCAAGUGCAGCAAACUUGAAUCUGCGAGAGGACCAGUUAUCGCAAGAUUCCAAAACCACAAGCCAUUGGCACUCAUAUAUGUCCAAGAUUAAAAAUGAAAAUACGUUUGGUCCUGGUUUUGACAUUGCUUCGGCAGUAGAUAGCAAGCUUGUAUCGCUGAGCUGUGGACAUGUCAUGCAUUUCCAAUGCUAUCUCAACUAUGUAGCUAGCAGCCACGCACGCCUGACACAAAUUACGAGAAACACGCCAGAAAACUCGCAAGAAAUUUUAUGUCCAUUGUGCAAAUCAGUCAAUAAUGUUUUCAUUCCAAUAUUUGGCAAAUGCAACUCUCAAAGUUUGAAGCAGUAUUUGAGUAAAGAACCAACAUCAAUCAGCACCACCGCCUCCAUGACUACUACUACUACUACUAAUACUACUACUACUGAUACUACAACAUCAAUUCCAUUACUAACAUCACAGUCAUGCGGCAACCCUUUUGCCAACAUGAACAUGGAGCUGUUCAUGAAACCUGAGUACCGUGAUCUGUUCUUUUCUUUGUAUAAACAGGACUUAAGGUUCCUUCUUGGCCCAGAGGAAGAUUCCGUAUGGUUUGCUUGGGAAGGUUUCGAGGGAGACAAAUUCCACACGAUGAUGGAAGCUGUGCAUUCUGCAUUUAAAACCAUCACAUUCCCAUUGAUAGUGGAGCCAACCUCGCCCGAAAUUCUUUCCAAUACGAUCAAGUCUACUGAAAUUGCUUUGCGAGGUAUCAAUUCUCCUCAUCUGUUGAUAAUUCAUCAAAUGACAAAUAGCGCAACAAGUUUGCUUCAAAAUAUAAACAAUUUAAGGUUGUCCUUAAUAGAUAUGGCGCUAAGUGGAAGGAAACCAGUAAUUGGGAAAGACCCAAGAAUCAUGAUGAUGACAACCAUCCUAUCCUUUACACCUGAGAAUAUAAAUUCAACAUUGACACAAGGUGAUUUUUUUGAAAUCUUGGUGAGUAUUAUACCUGCUCCAUCGUUGGGGCUUUCUUUCAAUUCCAUAUUAAGGUUCAUUUUUGUUUGUCAUGUUAUACAGACUUUGCACAUCCUUUGGAGAGAACUAGAGUCAAAUUCGAGAAGGGGCCGCAAAUAUUCCUUUGAGGAUAUUCCAAGAUACAAGUUUCUGACAAAACAAGAUCACGAUUCUGCCGGUGCAUCUUUUCGUCGGUUCCAGAGCUUUGGAGGAGGAGGAGGAGGAGGAGGAGGAGUGGCACAUUUCAACAUCUCAGAUUCCGUUAUAUACACCAUGUUGUUGAAGGCAAUUACACCAUUCUUGAGGAGAUCGCUUCUCUUGGCUUUUGUACAGUGUGCUAAUGAUGCAGAAUUGGACAUAUUUGAUAAUGGCUGUGAUAAUGAUUGUGAGAAGAAUGAAGAUCAAAACAACAGUGUCGCGGAAGCCGAUACUCUUUGCUCCACUUUGAAUUUGCCUUCCUUGAAAGAAAUUUUAGUCUCGUUAAAUGAAGAAAACUCUUGGGAAAAUGCUUUAUUCACAAAUUUCAUUAGUUUCUUGAACAAGAAAAAUUCAGAGGUAUUGUUGAUCAAAAGACUUGAGUAUCCUGGUAUAAUCAGCCUCAUUGAUUUACCUGAAAGAUUGGAUUACAUAUUCUCUAGGUAUUAUUACCUGGAUAAAUUUGGUAACCCUCAUCGAUUUAUUGAGGACCCAGCCAUUUGUCUCGUAUGUGCCAAAGUUGUUGAUCUUCAAAAGCAAGCCACUGGAUGCAACGAAGGCGAAUGCACCGUUCAUUACCAAAAAGAGUGUAAGAGUGGGUUAGGGAUUUUCUUGAUCCCAAAGGAUCGAACAAUGUUGCUUCUACAUAAAAAUGGUGGUUCUUUUUACAAUGCACCGUACCUAGAUGACCAAGGUGAACUUCCUGACGAGAACAAGCGUACUAAGGCUUUGCAUUUGAUGAAACCAAGAUAUGAAGAUUUUAAUAGAAACGUUUGGUUGCUGCACAACAUUCCAAAUUAUAUUGCAAGAAACUUGGAUAGUGUUUUAGACCCAGGUGGUUGGGAAACGCUAUAA